AUGGCAUGCAGAGUCUGGUAUAAACGCAGCUUGGCAGACAGUUUAUCAUUCAGUGACUCCGACUCCAGCGCGAGAGCAUCAUGUUUAUCGGUUAAAGAAUGGGAGGACAGGGAAUGUGGAGCUGGAGGCAGUGGAGGAUUCGGAGGUGGAGCUCCUGGUUCAGGCAGUGGAGGAUCGGAGGUGGAGCUCCUGGUUCAGGGCAGUGGAGGAUUCGGAGGUGGAGGCAACGGAGGAUUUGGGGGUGGGGCUCCUGGUGCCGGUAUGGCGGCUUCGGGCAGUGGAGCCACCGGAGGAUUUUGUGGUGGAGCUCCUGGCGCUGGAGCCACUGGAAGGAUUCGGUCGGCGCGUGUUCCUCGGGAGGCUUCGGUGGCUGGAGCUGGAGCUUCCAGGUCCCUUUCAAUUCCCAUCAUUACCGACGAACGCCAAGGUCCCCGACGAGUUUCGGAAACCUACAACUUCCAAAUUCAGAAACUGCAAACGGCAAUCAUCUCAGGAACAAGGAGCCCCACAAGGAGAAACUGGAAGCCUAGUAGCACAGCAGGGUUCUUGGUCGUAAAUUCACUCUUCCCUGAUGGCACACCAGCUGACUUCAACUUCGUUGCUGAUGAAAACGGUUUCCGCGUGGAGUCCGACCUGCGUUGCCAUACCCCCUCCCCUCCCCGCCCCGCCAUCGCUCAGAUCGAAAGGCUCGUGUCAGGAGGACGCGCCGCUGCAGCUUCUGGUGGCCGGCCAUGCUCUGGCUCUGGAAAGUUCCUCUGGCUGCAGGCUUUGGGGCGCACGGCCAAUCAGGCUUUGGGUUCAGGACAGUUCUCGGGAUCUGCCAUCAGGCUUUGGUGCCGGUGCUGUCCAACCAGGAUUUGGUUCCUCUAG